GUCCGUGCGCACCACACGCUCACACGCGCAUGCGCGCCAUACUGACAAGACCGCGCGCCACACUCCCGAAUCCGAUCUGUCAAAACAUUUAAAAAUGGAACGCGAUUGAGUUUUUUUUUUCUUAUUUUUGCUAAAGAGUUUGGACGGAUAAAAUACAAACUUAUAUAAAGAAGUUGUAGUGUAGUGUUACAAAGUGACAAUUUACGAUAAUAUAGUGUUCCAAAUUCAGUGCUAAACAUUCAGUAAGGUCUGAUUAAUUUUGUUUAGUUAGUUUAGUGCUUACAAGGGCGUGAAUUUUGACUUGUUAUAUGUGUGAACUGUAGGUGAUAACUGUUGAUUGUUUUUUUUUUUUUAAGUAUUUAUUACGAGGGAUUUUUAAGCCGAUAGAGCUUUCGCGGUGCGUCGGGGUGGCGGUGCGUGGGGUCCGCGGCGUUAAUGAUGACAAGGAGAGGCGCGCGGGGGGACGCCAUACAGAGCGUGCCACUGUCGCACUCACCGCCUAGCCAACAUGUUUACGAGGUUCGACCAAGGCAAAUCAACGAAAGGCGCGAGCAAACUUCGGCGCGACCUCAUCAACGCAGAGAUCGCCAACCUUCGGGACUUGCUACCUCUGCCGCCCUCCACUAGGCAGCGGUUAUCGCAGCUGCAACUCAUGGCGCUGGUGUGUGUGUACGUCAGGAAAUCUAAUUACUUUCAACAAGUUUUUAAGCGAUUUGACAUCACCCAACAACCCAGUACGGGCCCAAACUUCGGAUUUUCAAAGGCACUCAACGGUUUUCUAAUGAUGAUGACUCAGAAUGGGAAACUCCUCUAUAUAUCUGAUAACGCCGCUGAAUAUCUAGGACAUUCAAUGGGCAUUUAA